AUUUCUGUAUUCAAAUCGCCCAUCAUGUCUGCCACUACGACUUCGUCGGCGGCCUCGGCAACAAGCACAGAUGCCACUGGCCAAGGCCAAAAGUCUCAAGGAAUCAGCAUCGUAACUUUCCUUACGGCCUUGGUCACUGCGCUGGUCGUCUUUGCCGUUCAGAUGCUCGUUUUCCUUCUACUGAAGAAUAAACUUGCGCGGAUAUACAAACCAAAGACAUAUCUAGUCCCUGAGCGAGAACGAACAGAUCCCCCACCAAGAUCCCCUUGGGGUUGGCUCUUUACCAUAUUCCAAUUUCGAGACCGAGAAGUCAUCAAUAAAUGCGGGCUCGACGCAUACUUCUUCCUGCGUUACCUCCAAACCCUCCUCAUAAUAUUCAUACCCCUCGCUUUCGUUAUCAUCCCGAUUCUAGUACCCAUCAACAGCAUCGGUGGCAAGGGUGGUAGUUACGCAUUAUCAUUUGGCAAUAAUACCGACAACAAUUCUAAUCACGCAAAUGUUACUGGCCUGGAUCAGUUGGCCUUUGGCAACGUCAGGCCGGACCACACACAUCGGUAUUGGGCUCAUCUGAUUCUCGCAAUCGUGGUCAUUGUCUGGGUCUGCGGAGUCUUUUUCAGUGAACUGCGGGUGUAUAUCAAGGUCCGACAAGAUUACUUAACAUCGGCCGAGCACCGUUUGAGAGCAUCCGCGACGACCGUCCUGGUGAGCUCUAUACCGCGGAAAUGGCUCACCUCAGAGGCCUUAGCCGGCCUUUACGACGUGUUCCCUGGUGGGAUACGGAAUAUAUGGAUUAAUCGUAAUUUCGACGAGCUGCUGGAUAAGAUAAAGCAGCGUGAUAAGGUGUUCAAGAAGUUAGAAAGUGCAGAGACGAGCCUCAUCAAAGAUGCCAAGAAAGCUCAGAAGAAGCAACUUGAGAAGGAAGAGAAAAUUGCUGCGAAGACAUUUAAGCGUAAAGGAGCUACCAAGGAAGAAAAGAAUCAGAAGAUUGAGAGAGAAAACAGGGCAGCAGACAUACGAGCACAGAGUGGAGGUGUGAGUGCAGGCGAUCCUCACCAAGUACCUCAUACCGUCGAAGAUGCUAUAGACGAGGAAACGCAAAGAGCUCAAGAGCAGGAACCCCAGGAACCCCAACGUAAAGGGACGAUCAAGAUACCAGUCAUUGGAGGUGGCCUGGCUAUUGUAGGCAAGGGUCUUGGGGGUGUUGGAAAUACAGUUUUUGGCGGAGCAAGGAAUGUUAUCGGAGACUUGAAUAAUCAGCUUGAGACUACCAAUGGGUUCGUAACCCUUGAUUCGCCAGCUACAGCAGAUGACGACGCGUACGAUCAAUAUGGCCGAUACCGAGGAAUUGCCAAUGCACCAUAUGGUGCAGGAACAGACCAACCAGACGAGAAAACGGACAAUCUAAAUAGGAGCCCCUCGCUGACAUCCACGCGCAGCGUUAAGCUGCAUGGACAAGCCAUGAGGUUGCCUGGAAACAAGGUCCGAAGUGGUGCUGCCGAAUUUGGCGGUGAUGGUACAACCGACGUUCCUAAAAACAUUGGAUGGUGGAAGUUCUGGAAAGGUCCAGCCGGUGGGUUCCCAUCACCACUUCCAACGGGCUAUGAAGAGGGUGAUGAGUUUCCCUUGACGGCAAGGCACGUGUCAGCAGCCCAAAGGAGCGAGCAAAAAGGGUCUUGGGCCAAGAUCAUAUCCGUCUUGCCAUUUCUCGACAAGGGGGAAGUGCAGCCUAUUGACUAUCCCGUCGCCUACAAUGUCGACUACAAAGAGGAUGCAGCACCUGCCGCUUGGCAGAGAUUUCUUAAGGAGAAAGAUCGACCAACAUAUCGGCUUCCAUGGUUUACGUGGACCCCUGGUUGGCUACCUGGCCUUCCCCUGCUCCACAAGAAGGUAGACACAAUAUAUUGGUGUCGUGAAGAGCUAGCCCGUCUCAAUAUGGAAAUUGAGAUGGACCAAAAGCAUCCCGAACGUUUUCCACUUAUGAACUCUGCUUUCAUCCAGUUCAAUCAUCAAGUCGCUGCUCACAUGGCUUCUCAAUCUGUUACUCAUCACGUACCAGCACAUAUGGCUCCCAGAACUGUCGAAGUUUCCCCUAAAGACGUUAUCUGGGAGAACAUGUCGAUUAGAUGGUGGGAGGCUUGGUUUAGAACUGGUGUUGUCGUUGCGAUUGUUGUUGGCAUGGUCGCUCUAUGGGCCCUGCCUGUUGCCUGGACUGCUACUUUGAGCAAUUUGAACAACUUCGCCAACCAAUACCAUUGGCUCCACUGGCUUAAGAACAUUCCGGACAACGUUCUUAAUGGGAUCGCAGGUGUCUUGCCAGCUAUUGUUCUCGGAAUCCUCCUAGCGAUAGUGCCGCUAAUCUUAAAACUUCUCGCUUACCUACAGGGUGUGCAAACGGGCAAGGAGCAGCAAGGAGCUAUACAAAACUACUAUUUUGCCUUCUUGUUCGUCCAGGUCUUCCUAGUUGUCUCAAUCUCGGGAGGCGCAUUUAGUACCCUCGCCGCUUCCGCAACGGAUAUCCAAUCCAUUCCCGAGACCCUUGCAACCCAACUUCCAAAGGCAGCCAACUACUUCUUUUCCUACAUGAUUCUACAAGCUAUGUCCACUGCUUCUGGUACUCUUCUUCAGAUCACCACCCUCGCUCUAUGGUACAUACUGCCAAAGCUUCUUGACAGUACCCCCCGACAAAAGUGGGUGCGCAACACCAAACUCUCAGGCGUAACUUGGGGUACAUUCUUUCCGGUCUACACCAACUUCGCUUGCAUUGCACUCAUCUACAGCAUCAUUGCACCCAUUAUCAUAAUAUUCGCGAUUAUCACCUUUGGGCUUCUCUGGAUCGCUCACCGAUACAAUAUGCUCUACGUGACUCGGUUCGAGUUGGAUACUGGUGGACUGCUAUACCCUCGCGCAAUCAAUCAGACCUUUACCGGUCUUUACUUCAUGGAAGUCUGCAUGAUUGGCCUCUUCUUCCUGGUUCGGGAUGUCAACGAUGAUGCGGCUUGUAUUCCUCAAGCAAUCAUCAUGAUUGUAGUCUGCGCGUUAACCGUCCUCUUUCAAGUUCUCUUGAACUACUCCUUUGGCCCCCUUUUCCACCACCUUCCCAUCACAUUCGAAGACGAGGCCGUUCUCCGCGACGAAGCCUUCGAGCGUGCUCAAGCCCGUCGCCUUGGUCUCGAAGAUGAAGAUGAAGAUGAAACAAGCCCAGCUGAAAACAACGGCGCAAUCGAAAUGACCAGACUCAACGAUGAUGCCACAGACAACAAGCUCGGCAAAUUCAAUCCCGUCAACAUCGCCCAAGGCGCAGGAUCCUGGGCCGUCCGCUCCGGGCAAAAAUUCAAAGCCAAAGCCUUUGAUAAAGUCACAUCACAGACACCAGUCUUGCACCGGAAACGGCACCGCGAUAUCGAAGCGCAGAAGAAAAUCGCCGACGCUUUAUACGGUGGCUAUAACGAUGACAUUGAAGACCUAACGCCUGACGAAAGAGAUGUACUCGUCAAACACGCGUUCCAGCACUACGCUUUACGAGCCAGGAGGCCUACGGUCUGGAUUCCUCGAGAUGAUAUUGGGAUUAGCGAUGACGAGGUGAAGCGGACGCGAGAGUAUGCGGGGCCGAAUAUUUGGAUUAGUAAUGUGGGCGCUGCGUUGAAUGGCAAGUGUAAGGUUGUUUACGGGAAGAACCCACCUGAUUUCUCGGAGAUUGAUCUGAUUAAUCUUUGA